GAACAGCUAAAAUUGCUUUCUCGUUAAUUAAAUAAAAUUUGACUCUGUAUCUGAAAUUAAAAAUAAAACUUACCUAUCCGCAAUAUUAUUGGUGAAUUCGCACAAGAACCUCUUUGAGUAUGCUUCAGACGUCAUAGCAACUGGCUGAAUUUUGUUCCUUUUCUCUUCGCGUCUUCCUUCAUUUGACGGUAUCUCCCGGUGUAAUAAACGAGCUAACGCUGCCUCAAGUGACCAAUCAGAGCAGGCGUUUCGCCGUGUUUUCUUAUGCGUCACGUGUGUUUUGUGCGGUCGAUUGCGACCGCAGAUGGUUCGUCGUCUGCUUCUCGCAUGUCGCUGCUUUAUCUCCUGUUGUUUAAACAGCGUCUAAUGAAAACAACAGAGUCCGUCCUGUUGGAGGGACUCGCCAUCCGGUACCGAACGCAACAGCCUGCGUGAAAUAGGGAAUGAGCGACGAGACAGCACCGGACUGCUGGAAGAGAAACUCCGGGUGCCCCAGUAUUGAGCAAAUGCUGGCCGUGAACCCCGGAAAGACGCCCAUCAGUCUGCUGCAGGAGUAUGGAACGCGGAUAGGCAAGACCCCUGUGUAUGACCUGCUGAAGGCAGAGGGACAGGCCCACCAGCCCAACUUCACUUUCCGAGUCUCCGUUGGAGAGAUCAGCUGCACCGGUCAAGGCCCCAGCAAGAAGGCAGCCAAGCACAAAGCAGCUGAAGCUGCUUUGAAGAUGCUCAAGGGAGGUCUCGGAGGUCCUGCAGGAAUUGGUGUCGCAGAAGAAGGGUUUAUCGUUGUUGAUGUUUCUACUGAUGGAGACAGAUCCCAGACAGAGAUGAAGACGUCAGGCAGUUCUCAGCAGUCUGAAUGUAACCCUGUAGGGGCUCUCCAGGAGCUAGUGGUGCAGAAAGGAUGGCGUUUACCAGAAUAUACCGUCACCCAAGAGUCUGGUCCGGCACAUCGCAAAGAGUUCACCAUGACCUGCAGGGUCGAAAGAUUCGUGGAAAUUGCUCCAGGAAGUGGGACGUCCAAGAAGCUCGCCAAGAGGAACGCAGCGGCGAAGAUGUUGUCCCGCAUACACGAUGUCCCGGUUGACCUGAGGACCAACAAUGAGGCCGAGUUGGAAGACGACACCUUUACUAUCCCAAUGGGCAGCAGGGCAGAGUCAGGCAAAAGUAAAGGCUUCAGCUGCACCUGGGAUUCUCUGCGCAACUCUGCCGGAGAGAAGAUCCUUCAGCUGCGCAGCCACCCUCUGGGAAUGCCCUCAGACUCCAACUCCUGCUCCCUGUUGAACGACCUGUCUGUUGAACAGCGCUUUGACGUCAGUUACCUUGAUUUAGAGGAGCGUAGCCUGAGCGGCCUGUGUCAGUGUUUAGUAGAGCUGUCCACACAGCCAAUCACAGUGUGCCACGGCUACGCACAGAGCAUAGACGCCGCUCGAGCCAAGGCAGCCCACAAUGCACUGCAGUACCUCAAAAUCAUGGCGGGAGGAAAGUGAUGUCAUUGUCCUCGUUGCAGCCUCCAACAAAGCAAACUUCACACUGCCAGGAUGGUUUUUCACUUGGUGACGGAGAGGCUUUUUUGUUUUUUUGAAGAGUUAAAAUCAUGAAAUACCUCAACUACUUUUUUUUUUUUUUUUCCCUUGACCUCAAGUUGACGUGCUGGAGCUCUGCUUUUGUCACUUUAAUGUUUAUUCUUAAUGUUGCCCAUUUUUUUUUAUAUAGUAUUCAAUUUUUGUCACCCAUUUAUAUCAGGACUUUUUUUAACUGGAGAAAAAAAAUAUUUUAAAUUGACUGAAGAUGAAUUCAGACGCAACAAAAACGAAUUGGGCUUGGACUCUCUGUUCUAACGGAUGGACACUAAUUCAAAUAGACGCUGCUGAAACCUGGAGAAACAGACUCUGUUAUAUGGAUAUUAGUAGAAAAUGAUCAGGUAAUCUCGGCCCUGGACGCAAAGGUUGUUCUCUUUGUUCUUGAAAAUGCGUUCUCACUUUUGUUUGCCUGUCCAUGAAAUUCAUUGUCAUGUGAUGUUGUCACUCAUUCUGCGAGGAUCUGCGUUCUCUAAUGUUUUUGGAUCCGUAUUGGAGAAAAAAAAAAUUAGCUUGUUCUUAAUCCGUUUUAAUCAUGUGAAUCUCAUACUGAAUUUAUGGUGAAUGGUGAAUUUUAAACAUAAUCUUUGUGGAAUUUUUUGUGGCAACCAAAUUUGACAUAUUCAAUUGAAUUAAUUGAAUAUUGAUUGAAAAAGUUAAUCGGUCCCUAGGGGCAAUUGGAGAGAGGGUUUUUGGGGUUUUUCUUACUUUUCCACUUAAAAUCAUAACAUAAGAAUGUUUAUAAAAUAACUUGGUGAUUUAAUAGCAGUUUUAAAAAUAUUACCCCAAAGUGUUUGAUUAAUGUGAUAUAUAUAAAAAAAAUCCAUCAUGUAAACAGUAGACUGUUGAUUCACAGUAAAUCAUUUGUUGACCAUCUGCUUUUGCACACCACUGUUCAGUUAAUGCUGAAAAGAGUUUGCACUCUCAAACAUUGUUCCUUUGUACGGCGCAGGUUAACUCACUUCACCUCACUGUCACUGACAGGUUUUAUUAUCAGAGUGUUAAAGAAAUUCAUUGAAAAUAUUGGUCAGUUCUUGGUGCUAAUAGAUUUGCUGUUAAAGCAGUAGAAAUUGUUGGUCGAUGUAUUUUAUUUUUUUUUCCCCUUUUUUUGAAAGUGUGAGCUCCAGGUAGAUUUUACGUUGUUACCAAUAAAACGUUUUAUUCAACUUUA